AAUUUUGUUGUAUCUUUUACGCCGUUGAGAAACCAGUUGGUAUAUGCUAUAACGUCUGUUAUGAACUAAAAUAAAUUGCUUCUCAGCUUAGUAACAGUGUGUGAUGCAGUGAAUUGCGCUAAAAACACCCAAAAUUACAAAUUCGCUGAAAAAACACGCAAAACUUUUGCGUAACAUUGCAAGUUUGGUACUAAAAAGUGCUAUAACACAAAUUCAUACAACCGGAUGACUACAAAUCCAACAUGAAUGUUGUAAAAUGGUGGCGUAGUUCCAAUCUUUGUCCUGAUUAUCACCACUAUCAUUGGGACAUCUGGGACAGAAACUACCGCAAAUUUAAUUAGUCCUCAUAAUUGACAUAUUAUGCCCAAUCGCGCAGAAUUAAUGCCAUUGUGAAGACAAUGAGUCGAACAAGUCGCUAGAUGUUACACACCCAGUUUGAACGCUAAGUAGCCAUUUCAAAUAUUAUAAUGUCUUCAGGAAUAAUGAACAAACCAUCUGGUGGAUGGAUACAUUCCGACAAACUUAUAGCUAAACAGGGUGUUACAUAUACUGUGAAGUAUGUUGGGUGUCUUGAAGUCAAAGCUUCCAUGAAAACUUUGGAUUACAACACCAGGUCAAGCGUUGCAAGGGAGUGUAUUAACAGAGUGUGUGAAGCUGCUGGACUGAAGACAGUAGAUAAAAGAAGAAAAGUAGAGAAAAACGUGGAAAAGGCCAUAGCAGAUGUACCAAACAUGAAUUAUGCCGGCACAAACGUCAAUUUAACUGUUUCAAGUUCAAGGCUGUCUCUAACCUCCUUGGAUUCAAAUCAAGUCAUUUCUAGUCAUGAUAUGCCACAAAUUUCAUUUGCAUCUGGUGGAGACUGUGAUAGUUUGGAUUUUGUUGCCUAUGUUGCUAAAGAUUCAACUGACUGGAGAGCUUGUUAUGUAUUAGAAUGUGGAGGAGGUUUAACCAAGGAUGUAAUUGCCACAAUUGGUCAAGCAUUCGAUUUGAGGUUCAAGCAAUGUAUGAAGCCAACAGUCAAAGCACUUUCGAUGGGUCAACCAUCGACUUCGGGUGGAGAUGCUGAUAAAGACUACUACAACGAUUUACCUGGUAAAGUGCCCCCAGAUGUUGGGCCGCCUCCGGUUCCACCUCUUCCUACAGUAGUGCCACCACUUACAACACUGCCACCUGUUCAAAGCCCUAAUCUAAUUGAUUUAAAUUCUGAUGUACCGUUACAUCGAGAUUUACCAUUACACAAUUAUGUAAAUGACAAUGUUAUUUCUACUCGUGGAAGAGAUGUUUUCGACAUGCAUCCUUUCUCAGCUGUGCAAUUACCCACAUCAGGUGCCUCUAGUGGAAAGAAAAUGGAUCCCAAGCAUUUGGCUCAGUUGCAGAAUGAGAUUUGGUUCCAUGGACAAAUAUCCAGAGCUGAAGCAGAAAAACUCUUAGAGAAUGAUGGUGAUUUCUUAGUUCGGGAGUCUCCUAAUUCUGAAGCCCAAUUUGUACUUUCUGGAAUGCAAGACAACACUAAAAAACACCUGCUUCUGAUCGAUCCAGAAGGAGUUGUGAGAACCAAAGACAGAAUGUUUGACAGUGUAAGUCACCUGAUCAAUUUUCAUUGUGAGAAUGCUCUUCCUAUAAUUUCUUCAGAGAGUGCUUUGGUGUUGCGUGUACCGAUUCCAAGGAUGACGUGACCCUGGUGAAUAUAACAUUUAUAUUAUAUUUUGAAAUUAGUUAAUCAAAAUUAUUGAUUGCCUGUUGAAGAAAUUCAAAUCUACCAAAUUAUUGAAUUGUUGAUAUUUUUGAAAUGUUUUAAAGAAUAAUUUAUACCGAAAUAUUGUUGGGAUCUAACUUGCAUGAAUUUUUUUUAUUUUUCUGCAUGUAAGUUUAUUUUGUCUUGAUAGCUGUCUAGAUUCAUGAAUUCAGUAUAUAUUUUGUUUCUCAAAAAUCGUAAACCUUGACCAUGUCUAAAAGUUCUUUAUAGUCCUUGUCUUAAUUUUGCAAUAUUUCAUAAAUUUCUUUUUGUUAUCUUGGUACCAAAUUCCAAACCAUUACUUAAAGAAUAAUUUUCA